AUGCGAAGCGACUGCUGUGUGCAUCUGCGUGCGUUUGUCUUCACGCAGCAGCUCAGCAUCCCUACGUUUGUGAAGAAACUCGACCAGGAACGUGGCAAAGCAAAACUCGGAGGAGCUUUCCCGGCUCACAGUGUUUGGAAAGAGCUGGUCGAGUUUUGGGUUGAUGCCCACGAACGCUUCGUUAAAGGCCCGUGGGUUUGCUGCUCCAGUGCUCUGCUCUCAUGCCGCUCUGUGGCACUGGCACUACCAGCUGCACCCGCUGGGAUGACAACAUGCCCCACCUGGCCGCUCAGGGGCCCGAGCGCCACCUGCUCUUGCCCGCGGUCUGUGCGCGCAGAACACCUGCUGACCCCCACAAUGCCCUGCGUUUGUGAGAGCGGCUCACCCGAGCAGAACCAUCUGAGACGAGGGCGACAUGGAGCUCCGCUGCUCAAACCAUCAGCAGACAUGAAGCGUAUUCUGAGACGACACAUGAACCUCAGCUGGAGAACGCCGCGCAUCCACAAGUGGACAGUGCUGCACUACAGCCCGUUCAAGGCGGUGUGGGACUGGCUGAUCCUGCUGCUGGUGAUCUACACGGCCAUCCUCACGCCGUACUCCGCCGCCUUCCUGCUCAACGGAGACGAGGACAGCUCCGGGCAGAACUGCAGCUACUCCUGCAGCCCGCUCAACGUGGUGGACCUCAUGGUGGACAUCAUGUUCAUCAUCGACAUCAUCAUCAACUUCCGCACCACCUACGUCAACGCCAACGACGAGGUGGUCAGCCACCCGCUGCGCAUCGCCGUGCAUUACUUCAAAGGCUGGUUCCUCAUCGACAUGGUGGCUGCCAUUCCCUUCGACCUGCUCAUAGACCGCACCGGGGAGGAGAUGAGUACAGAGCCAACUCAACAGACCACCCUCAUCGGCCUGCUCAAGACGGCGCGUCUUUUACGUCUCGUCCGCGUGGCACGUAAACUGGACCGUUACUCUGAGUACGGCGCGGCCGUCCUCUUUCUGCUGAUGUGCACGUUCGCUCUGAUCGCUCAUUGGCUGGCCUGUAUCUGGUUCGCCAUUGGGAACGUGGAGCAGAACCGCUCCAUCGGCUGGCUGCAUGCGCUCGGCGUGGAUCUGGGGAAACCACACAACAGCAGCAUCAGGGGAUCGGGACCCAGCAUCAAGGACAAAUACGUGACUGCUUUAUACUUCACCUUCAGCAGCCUGACCAGUGUGGGCUUCGGGAACGUGUCGCCCAACACCAACUCCGAGAAGAUCUUCUCCAUCUGCGUCAUGCUGAUUGGAUCACUCAUGUACGCCAGUAUCUUCGGGAACGUGUCAGCCAUCAUCCAGCGGCUGUACUCCGGAACGGCUCGUUAUCACACUCAGAUGCUGCGGGUGAGAGAGUUCAUCCGCUUCCAUCAGAUUCCCAACCCGCUUCGCCAGAGACUGGAGGAAUAUUUCCAGCACGCCUGGUCCUACACCAACGGCAUCGACAUGAACGCCGUGCUGAAGGGGUUCCCAGAGUGUCUGCAGGCCGAUAUCUGUCUGCAUCUGAACCGGACUCUCCUGCAGAACUGUAAAGCGUUCAAGGGCUCCAGUAAAGGGUGUCUGCGGGCGUUGGCCAUGAAGUUCAAGACCACACACGCCCCGCCGGGAGACACGCUGGUGCACGCCGGAGACGUCCUGACCGCGAUCUACUUCAUCUCCCGCGGCUCCAUCGAGAUCUUACGUGGCGAUGUAGUGGUGGCCAUCUUAGGGAAGAAUGAUAUAUUCGGUGAGCCCAUCAACCUGUAUGCACGGCCCGGCAAGUCCAACGCAGACGUGAGGGCGCUGACGUACUGCGACCUGCACAAGAUCCACAGAGACGACGUGCUGGAGGUGCUAGACAUGUACCCGGAGUUCACCGACCACUUCUGGAGCAACCUGGAGAUCACCUUCAACCUCAGAGACACCAACAUGAUUCCCGGAUCCCCCAGCAGCGAUGAUUCAGACUGCGCCAGCUUCAACAAACUGCGGAGGAGAAAGCUUUCAUUCCGACGACGGACAGAAAAAGACGAUGCAGAUGCUGGAGAGAUCAAGAAGAAUCAGAAGCCCAUCCGGAGAGGCAGAAAGCAAGCAGCCAGUAACCAGAACGAGCUCAAACCGGGGUGGGAGGAGCCUCGGAAUUCUAUCUCCUCCCACUCCAGUGGCGAUGAGAGGGAGGAGCCUGUGCACACAUGCCCCACCCCUUCCACCACACUCAUGGAUGUGAUUGAAGGAGAGGGCGAUCCCAAAACAGGAAACACAUGCAACGCCCUAUCAGGUGCAUUCUCAGGUGUGUCUAAUAUCUUCAGUUUUUGGGGUGACAUUCGGGGGAGGCAGUAUCAGGAGGUGCCCCGCUGCAAUCUCCCGUCGCCCUCGCCGCAUCCCAGCAUGCCCCUGCGCAGCAUCAGCCGCCAGCAGCGCAGCCAGAUGGAGAGCAGACUGGAGCUGCUGCAGAAACAGCUCAACAGGUCUCAGAGCCCAUUGCAGUCAGACCACCUGUCCCGACAGCGCCUCCUAUUAUUAGUGAUGAUGCUGGUUCCUCCGUCCUACAGCAGUGUUUCGUCCCCGCCGCAGGCGUCUAUGUUCCCCGAGAUCCUCGUGCAGCCCGUCAUGCCGCUGAAGUCCAAAACAUCAGCCUCUCUCUCUCAGUCCUGCGAGUUUCUCAGCAGCUCCACGGAGCUCCAUCCUGCGGUCAGCGUCGUUCCUCGCGCGGGAUUCUCCAGCCUCGGGGCCCGACUGGAGCUUGUGCCCGACCCCGACAUCCACCGGCGCUUCUCCCUGCAGGAGGCGCACACGUCACUGAGCUCACAGACGCCACAGAAACACGGCUCAGACCCCGGGAGCUAGAGAGACCACCGCCAGACCAGAGGAGAUCAAAGCGGACCGACCAGCCCUCUCCGGCUUCUGGUUCUGGUUUUGCACUGCGGAGGUUUCAGAGAUUCACUGGAGGCGGUUUAACUCGUCUUUACUGCUGUCGUCCAGUAUUGGAUAUCCAGAAACGAAUAAUGAUGAUUAUUACUGAUUUUUUAAGUAGCCAUUAUGUCUUGCACUGAAUUUUCCAGACUCUCUCGAUCUUUAUCUUCACGUCUGCCGCGCUUCCAAAACUGACUGAACUCGUUAGUGUUAGCUGGCCUAACAGAAGAAAAUCAUUAUAAUAAUAAUAACCUGAUGUGUUCUGUCCUGUCAUUGCCUUCAUUUCCUGUGUGUGGAUGAAGAAGGCGGAGUCUCAGGCCCCACCCAAGCACUCUUGAUUGGCUGGAUGGGGUGAUUGGCAGGUGUUUAAAGCGAUGCCGUUACUGAUGAAGCAUAUCAUGUGUUCUGACACUGGACGAACAAUAUGCAACGAGUCGAACGCGUGUCACAUCCCACUUGGCUUCGGUUCGUUUGUUUUCCAGCUUUUUGUUUUUUAUAGUUAGAAAAACAUUAGCUUUAGCAAUACUGAAUCCUUUAAACCACAAACGAAACCAAAUAUUGAAGAUUGGGUUGGACCAAAUGUUUUUCCUUGGUUUUUCCUCAUCGUCUGCAGUGUUUACGGCCUGCAGUCACAGUCACAUGGUUAUUAAUUAUUAUUUGGUACAUUUAUGAGCUCUUGACAAUGAAUUAAAAACAAAUGUUCGUUUUAGUUUUCCAUUGACGUGUGGACCAAUGAAAAAAGAAACUUCAUAUAAGCUCUUAAGCAUGCGAUAAUUAACACUUUUAAUAUUUAGCCAUUUAUUUUAAAUCAUACUUUAACCUCAUUAUAUUUGAAUGACUAUAAUAUUUAAUAUAAGCGUUCUUGAGGAAGGAAGGCAUAUUAGCAUGAGAACGUGUUGUGCAUCAGCAUCCGUACGUGAAUCAUGGCCACGAUUGUAUCGUUCUGCCUCUAGGCUUGAAUUUAGAGGUUUUUAAUUGUGAUUUAUGUUUUGUUAAUACCAAAUAUUAUAUCUAAUUUGAAUUCAACUGGUAAACUGAACGCAAGGAAGGUGGAUUUCACCGCGUGUCAAUGUGAAAGCACUGUUCAACACUACUGCAUUAAAUACAAUCGUCACGUUUACUUUGAUGAGUGCAGGAGUUUGCACAUGUUUAUCUAGUUCAUAUGUGUUAUUCAUUUUAAUAUUAUUAUUAUUAGUGUCUCCAUAAAUUCGGUGUAUAGGAGUCUUUUCACCAUCAUAUUCGGGUGAAUCUCACAAUAACACAUACAGGUCAAAUUUUAUUAACAAAAUC